AUGAGGGAAGAAAUUGCUGCAGCUGUUGUGUUUGUCAAGAGACUUGUGCAGAUGAAUGACAAUUUAUCAAAUUCUAAAAUUGAUGAAUUUUCUUCAUGUCUCUCCACCAUAUUAGUGAGUCGAUUCAGAAACCAUUGGUACGCAGAUAAACCAUUUAAAGGUCAAGGUUACAGAUGUAUUCGAAUCAACCCCUGUGAUCCUAAGGACGAUGUGCUGGAACAAGCAGCUAAAAAAUGUGGUUUGAAAUUCUGGGAUUUAAAUAUGCCAAGUGAAAUGACUUUAUGGGUGGAUCCUGAUGAGGUUUAUUGCAGGUGUGUGGCAAAUCUUUUAAUUAUUUCCAAUUCUCUCUGUUGA